GGAAGCUCGAUUCAAAAGUAAAAUCAUUCUCCCUGAUAGGCACUCUACCUAUACUGGGAGUGGUCAACUCGCUACAGAUUCUCAUGCCACCAAAAGGCACACUUGAGUCUUCAUCUUGGGCGGUACCAAAAGACGACUCAGAUCUGUCGGAGAAUGUGCCGGUUAGAAAGGGCUCGGAUCCCAUUGUGCUGAUAGUGGGAGUAGGCCAGGAGCCUCGGUUGGGUCGGUGGUUGGUCUUGAAAGGAGAUGGAAUAGUUAAUCACACCCAAGUAAUGACUCUGUAUCCGCGGACAUCGUCUUGAUUAACAUAUCAUAUCUUACCUUGGUGAUCAUUGUUACACAAGCUGCUGG